CCGGGCCGGUGUGCGGCUGCACGGCCCCGGCGGGCGAGCGGCGUCCCCAGGCGGGUGGGGACCCGCAUGGCGAAGCAGAGCGCGGCGGAGCCCGCGGGCCUCGGGGAGGACAGGAAGAAGAAGAGGAGGAGGAGGAAAGGGAGGAAGGCUGGCGGCGGGGAAGCGCAGGGUCCCGCCGCGCCGGCCGCUCCCCCCCGCAGCCCCCAGGAGUUCUCCUCCAACUGGAAGGCGCUGCAGGAGCUACUGAAACAAAAAGAAAAUGGCUCUGACAAGCCCCUCUCUACAUGUCAAACAUCCACCAAAAAGAAGCAGCUGCUCAAAGCAGGGAAAAGCCAAGAAGUUGCAGCUGUCAAUGGCAACGGGAAUGUGGUACAUUCCAAAUCCACAAAUAAAACGGACAGUGGUUCUGCUAAAGACAGCCUUCCUUUGUCAAAGCCAAAAUCCACGGAGGUCACAACAGAUAAGAAUUUAAAUGGCACCAAAAGCAAUGGAAAAGGCUGCAAAGCGAAGAAGAAGAAUGAUAUUUUAAAAGAGAAAGGUGAUAUAAAACAUAAGAGGAGGAAAGCUGAAGAACAUACAGAGCAGCAACCCACAGAGGCUGAAAUCUGGUUUGAUGACGUUGAUCCAAAAGAUAUUGAAGCAGCAAUAGGACCUGAAGCAGCAAAGAUUGCUCGAAGAAAUUUGGGACUUGAAACAGACCAAUCCAAACAGUCUCUGGAGCAGGUGCUGGUUAAAGAAAAAGCUUCGGAAGGGCUGACACGAGCUGUGGCCAUGGACUGUGAGAUGGUGGGAGUAGGACCCAAGGGUGAGGACAGUAUCGUGGCUCGUGUGUCCAUCGUCAAUCAGUUUGGGAAGUGCAUUUAUGACAAGUAUGUCAAGCCUACAGAGGAGGUGACUGAUUAUAGAACAGCUGUUAGUGGGAUACGCCCAGAGAACAUAAAAACAGGUGAAGAUUUUAAAACCGUCCAGAAGGAGGUUGCCAACAUCCUGAAUGGAAGGAUUUUAGUUGGACAUGCCUUAUGCAAUGAUCUAAAGGUUCUAUUUCUUGAUCAUCCUAAGAAGAAGAUACGUGACACACAAAGAUACAAGCCUUUUAAGCAGAGAGUCAAGCAUUCACGGCCAUCACUGAAACUGCUGUGUGAGAAGCUACUAAAUAUUCAAGUGCAGACAUCGGAGCACUGCUCGAUUCAGGAUGCGCAAGCAGCCAUGAAACUCUACACCUUAGAGAAAAAGAAAUGGGAAGCUGCUGUUAAGAAUAAAUUUAACAACAAAAGUUCUAAAAGUUAACUUAUUCUACACUAUGUUUGUACCUGCAGCAUUUGCUGGUUUCAUCUCACAUUCCAGGGCAAAUUUAGAGAGAACUCAGCUUCAUAAAAAUUAAUUGGGACAGUACUUCCUAACCUGGUAGGUGACUGCUGCCAUACAAGAAUCCCACGGGUAUCCCCUUUUGGGAUGGUAGCUAUGUCUAACACCUACUACUGUGCUAAACAAGACUUGAACAGAUGCCUGCAUUUGUGAAAUACUUCAUCAGUUAAUUUCUGCAACUAUACACCAAGUUAAAAGUGUACAUUACAACAGAUGAAGGAAGAAACUGUCACUCCUUUGCUGAAACUCCCAAGACUAAAAUCUUUAUUUCAAGUAUUUUGAAGUCUACAACAUAAGGUGAAGUCUUCAUUAUUGCUGUUAGUCUCACAGUUGUGGUAUCUAAAUAAACAGAAUAUAUAACUGUUUGUAUAUUAUUAAUGGCCCAAUAUUAAUUUUUCUGGUGAGAAAAAUUAUUUUAAAGUGUUUCUGGUGGAUCCAAGCCUUUAUACCUGAAGCAGAAGGGUACAAGUCUUAUUCUUAUGGAAGUUUUUCUUUUACUUCUGCAAGUUUCAAAAGCAUUGCAUCCACAAGGGUCAUUAUCUCCUGGAGAGAAAUAUGAGAAUUGUCACAAACAGGAUUACCUUGUUGCUUCACUUAUUUUUAUAUCCCUUUAUUAAUAAAAAAGCUGCUGUGUCUAACAUAGGCUUUUAAAGAGAGUGGUGGUUUCAGCAUGUGGGGUCUAACUCUAAAAUCCUAAGCAACUGUAAUUAUUGGACUGAAUACAAAUGUUGCGAUUUAAAUCUAAAUGGAUACUGGAAGGUAAGGAGGAGUGGGUUUUGGAGGUUUAGCAGUUUUAUGUUUACACACUAUUGCAGAACAAGAGUGUUCUGGUCUUGUCUGUCUGCCAACAAGGGAUGUAGGGAACAAGUUACAUUUACAACAGAAGAGGGAGCUUUCUUCUCUUCUGUGACUCUUUCUGCACUACCUUACAGCUGCAGAGUCCAUUAAAAUGGUGCAGGCAAAGCCAGCAGGAGACACUGGAGAGCAAGUUUGUGUGCAACUGUCCUUGAGACAAAUAAUGUAAGCAGGCUAAGUGCAUAGCUAAGAAGAGCUAAGUUAUAAGAACCAGGUUUAUUGGAUUAAUGAAAAAACUAGUAUACUGGUUUCUUGACAGCAAGCCAUUGCAAAGGAAAUACUCCUGUAACACAUUAAAUAGCUUGAGUAAGUUUGCGUCUAGUGUUUCAACAGUUAGGUUUUUUCAGUUUAACUACUUGUUGGAACGUAAUGUAAGCUAAAUCUUCAGGCAAACUGUCACAGCAUUUGUUUUGUUAGCUUUGUUGUUUUAGUUUUUAAGGGUGUCGCUUAUAGUGCAAGAAUAACUGGAUGUACUAAUGCUUUAUUCCUUUAAAAGGAAUUCCUUUUAGCCUGGUUUAGUAUGAAGAAGGUAGUAAAUUAAUACAAUGCAGUGUUACAAGAAAUCAGAACAUAGCAUUAAAAAACUACAGCAUAAAGCAAAUAACUGCCAACUACUUGUUUUCAGUAGUUAAUACUACAAACUCACUCUUUACCCCACAUACACAUAAGUCUGCACUGUGUAAUUCCAGUUCUUUAAGAAUGAUAAAAUCCAUAACCAGAAAUAAUAUAC